UUUGCUUCCACUGUCGCUUACAGUCUCAGGGUAGAGGAGCUUCGAAAUGGACCUGGUACCACCCCUAGCGGCUGUACAAGCGUGCAGCGUCCAGCCUUUGGAAGAGUACGAUGCUCCUAGAGCACCGCUUAUUCGCCAGGUUUCAAUGGACGAGGAGCGGCUGGACGACUGCCAGGGGCACUGGCGAGGGCCGCACCUGCAGGGGGAUGAGGAGGAAAGAGGCGUGAGGCUAUUCAGGGCUCUGUUGCUGCAACACUUAAGGCUGGAAGACUUGAGGCCGCCGCCUUGUAUGCUGUCCGCUGCUAAACCUGAUCCGAAAGGCUGGUGGAUGUACUGGCGUGACUGGAGGUCCUUGGAGAGGGCUGCCAGGAGGUUCAGGGACACGAAGGCGCGCGCCAGGCUCGCGGCUGAAGCGGAGCAUAUACCUCUGUUGUGCCUCGAUGAAGUCGAGUUUGAGGAUAUCAUGCAGGAGUUGUGCCAGGCAUGUGUCCACAUAGAGCAGCGGGCGUUGGUGGUGCUAGCCUUUCUGUGCGAAGUGUGCGCGCGCGCAGUGAGGGUCGGGGGAUGGUGCCGGGCGGCAGACUGGGCGGCCAAGCACGUGGCACAGUGCGCCACGCCUUGGGCCAUUAAGCAUGGUGGAUGGAGUGCAGUAGUGGAGCGCGCGAGCGGCACCCGUCGAGAUGAGGCGACGAUACUGGCUGGCGCGGCGGUCGCAGCUCUACUGGCCUUCUUACUCUUCUGUCGCACGCGCCUGCGCCAAGCGAUUCUCUAACUACCCACAUUUUUGAAUCAUUGUUUUUUGGAUGAUCUAUUAAGGGACCCUGAGGUAUUUAAAAGAAGAGUAAAUUGUGACUAUAAUGUGUGUUGGAGGGGUCCUCUUUAGGAACCAGUAAAUAGGUAAUAUUUAUCUUUGUCUAUAUUAAACCUGAGUCUGAAUAUGCAGAUAAUACUAAAUUUAUUUUAGAAUAAUAAAUCAUAGAGACGCAGUUAUUGGGGAAAAUUAUAAAAGCAGUGUCGACUCAUUUCCAUUAAUGUUCCCCAAAUGUCCGAAAUAUAGUAUUUUUUAUAAUAGCAGGGGAAAUUAGAAUCAUUUCUAAUAUUACAUUAGCUGGCUGGAACCAUUUAAAGCAUGUAAAAUAUGUUGUACAAUAUUCCUGUCCGAUAGAUAAUUAUGUAAAUUUAAUUUAAUGUGUAUGUUAUAAGUAAAAAACUAAUAAAAUAAAAUUACACGACCUUUGAACGUUGUCAUUAUCCAUGGUGCCAACAUUAUUAUCUCCUCUCCGAGGCAAUUCUUGUACGCUCGGUGUCCACAACGAAUGCAGGCACAUGAACUGGAGGAAAUUUGUCGCGGCCCUAGGCACACAGUUAAGUGUGUCGACAUCUUGCUAUGAAAUUCACAAUAGCUUAUAAGGGCCCACGAACAUUUCCCCACCACAAACCAAAAAAGUUCCCAUUCUUGCCCCACUUUUCCUACCGCAUUUCAAUACCUACUCUCCACCGGGUUCUGCAGUUGCGAAACCGGGUGCUUCCAGUAUCCCAUUCGCAAAUUUCCCACAGUGUUGACUGCAGGGAAGACUACUUAAAAAAAAGUCUCAAUACCACAGUGGAAAUUACUGUCGCCGAUAAUAGAAUGUUUAGAAUUUGAUAGGUUUUUAAUACAUGGAGGCAAUAUUAAUGCUAAAGAUGCGAGUCAAAUGACAAUAAAAUUACUUUUGAUAUGUUAAGUUUAAAUAUUUAUUUUUUUAGGUGUCUCGAUAGUGUAUUUGUAUUGCAUGUGCUAGAUUACUUCGCUCUGAGGACUCGUGUCAAAAUCCCGGGGCAGUGAUAUUGGUUUUUUCUGCUUAUUGUCAAUCCGGAGUCUGGAGUUUGUGCCCGAUAUAGUGAUAGGUUUGCUCCCUAUCACGGGGCGAAAUAAAUACGAGGAUAGAUGAAUGAAUUACUUGCGCCUCUGCCUACCCCUUUGGGGCUAAGAGAUGACUAUGACGAGUGUGUGUUAAUUUUUUUUUUCGGACCGCGUCUUUUCACACUACGAUUAAUUCUGACUCUGCAUUUUGCUUUAUUGUCUUUCUAUGGUUUAUUAUUCUAAACAUUUAUUAUUUAAAUAAUAAAUAUAUCAUUCAUUUAUUGUUUUUAUACCAUAUUUGUUAUGUAUCAUUCCAGCAUGAAUUAACAUGACAAUUGUUUGAACAGGGUUAAAUGUUAUUAGCAAAUAAAUGUAUAAAAACUUUUUUUUAUAUUUAUUUAAUGGAUUUGUAACAUGCGCAGAAGUAUUACUUUUUUAAUUAU